AUGUGCUCCCGUCUACUCAAUCGCGGUUCACUGUCCCUACUAGACUCGUACCUGCUCCUCGAUGGCCUCGCCUUCUCUGCAAAUCUUCUCGAUAACAAGGACCUCCUCCACAAUCCCCUCGCACUUGCACUCGAAAGCAUGCGCGACAGUUCAGAUGACGUUUGUAUGGACAUCCAUCCAUCCGCUACCCUAUCUCGCAUCUACUUUGAAAACAUACUCUGCUUAUCACGUCUCUCUCCUGAGGGACGGACGGAGAUAGGUGUGCAUAUCGCCUUGGGAGAUACUGAUGGUCCCGCAACGAUCGAAAUGCUCAUAUUUGGAGAGACUCAUUCAUUGUCUACCUCGACUACUCCAUCCCUAACCAUCCGUGUAGCACGUAUCACCCCCGCUACCCGUGGCCCCUGCCCAGACGACCCCGCACCCCGAAAACCGCCUCUUCACCUUCUCACCAGCAAAUGGACCAUCGGAGAACUCGCAGCAAACACUAGGAUAAAAGUCGAUGCUGCGAAUGGAAAAGGAGAGGGUUCGGAAGUGGUGAGACGGGCGAAGGAAGUGAUGUUGCAUUUACCGAAUUCGAAACUGCGAGGGCGGGGGGAGGACAGACAAGGAAAUAGGUGGUAUAUUCAAAGUGCCCGCUCCCCCGCAAAGAAAACCAGCCAUGUAGCGGAUGGAGACGUCUUCGGACCCGUAAGCGAUUCUAAAGGUAAAACCCGCGCAGUAGACGAGGAAAUCAGCGAUAUAGAGCAGGAGAAUAAAUAUUGUUUGUCCUUCCCUCGUCCUACGCAUCUGUGCACCCAACAUUGCACUCCACAGAUCAUCAAGAAAUUCACCGUCAGACGCCUUGACGCAGUCGGCGUAUCGAAGGCGCAUCUGGAGUUUAAGGAUAUAUUUGGGUUCGUGUAUCGUGGUACGGCGUUCGCUCUCACCAUCUUCCUUCUAGAGACAAAAUCCUUUGAACCUUGGAGGGCACUGUCGUCUCCGUUCCACCUGGGAGUUCGAUAUAUCAAAUCCUCAAAUCCCGACAAAGCCCCCCAGGUUCUUGUAAAUGUCGUCCUUGACGACAACCGAGGUCUGUUACAUUGCCUGCAAGGUGCGCUCAAAGUGCGCAUUAUGUAGGCCAUGACUCAUGCUGGCAGAGUCCGGACACAACAGUGCAGAACAGGCAGUUCAACUGACUGGCUUAUAAGACCAGACUUAUAUCUCCUCGUGUUUGACUUGGUUUUCUAUUUCAGAGUGGCAUAUCUUGAGUUUGGAGCUGUCGUCCAUCCGCGUGCGUCUGAUGCCAUGGCUAUCUUGUUUUGUGUGGUGGGCUAGAAGAGACUACGUUAAUCG